AUGGACAAACACUUCAGAACCACCGACUUCUCGAAGAACAUUCCAGUGAUUAUGGCGUUGUUGGGUGUUUGGUAUAAUAACUUCUAUAAAGCUGAAUCUCAAGCUAUUUUGCCAUAUGACCAAUAUCUCCACAGAUUUGCGGCAUACUUCCAACAAGGUGAUAUGGAAAGUAACGGCAAACGGAUCACAAAAGAUGGUCAAACUGUUGAUUACACAACUGGUCCGAUUAUUUGGGGUGAACCGGGAACUAAUGGACAACACGCCUUCUAUCAGUUAUUGCAUCAAGGCACGAAAUUGAUCCCAGCAGACUUCAUCAUCCCAGCAAACACAUUGAACCCAAUUGGAAAUCACCACACCGUCCUCUUGGCAAACUUCAUUGCACAGACCGAAGCUUUAAUGACUGGAAAGACAGAAGAACAAGUCGUCGCUGAAUUGAAGAAGCAAGGAAUGAAGGAGGAAGACAUCCAGAAGUUACUCCCACACAAAUUGUUCCCAGGCAAUCGCCCAACUAACUCUUUUGUGCUUGAUAAGAUGACUCCGUUUACUCUUGGUGCUUUGGUUGCUAUGUAUGAGCAUAAAAUCUUUGUCCAGGGGUGCAUCUGGAACGUCAAUUCAUUUGAUCAGUGGGGUGUCGAGUUAGGGAAGCAACUUGCGAAAGCCGUCCAAGUCGAUUUAGAGAGCGAGAAGUUAGUCAACAAGCAUGAUUGCUCGACUGCUGGUCUUAUUGAAUUAGUCAAGCAACUCAGAAAGAAUUGA